AGAAGAACUAUGGCUUCUGAAUCGUCGCACGAUGAUCCAAAGUAUGAAGCACAGGAAGCUGAUGCAAUGCGGAAGUUGGCGUUUUUCGGAAUUGCCAUAUCCACUGUUGCUACAUUAACUGCAAUAAUGGCAGUCCCCAUGCUCUACAAUUACAUGCAACACGUUCAAUCUGCAUUGCAAUCUGAAGUAGAUUUCUGUCGACACAGAACAAAUGGAUUGUGGGACGAGUACAAUAAAUUUGAAUCUGUUGCGGGCGUCCGUAGACGCAUCAAACGCGCGACAUAUCAAAAAUCAAAUGGAGUCACCGGACGUCUUGCUCAUCGUCGUCGGGCAGUUGCUCGUGGCGCAUCUAGCUACGAUGGCGGAUUUAAUGAAGAAGUUCCAGUUGGAGGUGGUGGUGGUGGAGGAGCAUGCUGCUCUUGUGGAGUUGGCCCACCUGGUCCAUCAGGAGCUCCAGGAACAGACGGGAAUCCUGGAAAUGAUGGGUCUCCAGGAAAUCCUGGAACACCCGGACAAGAUGCAGUAGGAGACGAAUCCCCGACUGCUGCAGAUUUCUGUUUCGACUGCCCAACAGGACCACCGGGACCACCUGGAAAGCAAGGACCUAAAGGACCAAAUGGAGAACCAGGCGCUCCAGGAACUCCAGGAGGAAAUGCACUUCCAGGACCACCAGGUCCCCCUGGACCUCAAGGUCCACCGGGAGCCGAUGGAUUACCAGGUAACCCCGGGGCUCCAGGUGUUCCAGGCCAAGUUAUCGAAGUACCAGGUACUCCAGGGCCAGCUGGUCCACCAGGUCCUCCAGGCCCAAUCGGCCCACCAGGACAGCCAGGAGCUCCAGGAAGUUCCCAACCAGGACCACAAGGGCCACCAGGAGACCCAGGAAUUGAUGGAGCUCCAGGAAAUCCUGGAUCUCCAGGAGAGCCUGGACCACCAGGACAACCAGGAGCUGGUGGUGGAUGCGAUCAUUGUCCUCCACCAAGAACUGCUCCAGGAUAUUAAUUUUCUGAACUUUAAGCCGACUGUAUUGUCUUUCAUAGCCCUAUUUCUGUUCAACCGGUAGAUUUAUUCGAUAAAUCACAAUUUUUUAAUCAUAAUGAAAAUUUAUU